AUGAAUUAUGCUUUGAAAGCGAUAUUGGAGCUUUGUAUAGAGGAAGAUCUUUUAAUAAAAGCUCUUGGAGUGUUACAAUAUUUAGUUCAGGUGUCUUCCACGAGAGUUCCAGCUUGUUAUAUUCAGUUAUGCAUAACUCUUCUUGUUAAUCCUGAAUACCCACACGUGAAUCUUCAAGAAACUAGUCAUUGGGUGCUUCUACAAAUCUUAAAAAAAGGUUGUAAAGAUGACUUAGUUGCUUGGUCAUUCGAAACAGAACUGUCUGACUUUGAUAGUCCUCGUGAUGAGAGCUUAUCACUUUUUUCAGUCCACAAUCUUUUUAUGAAAGAUGUUGACUUUUGGGAUUUGGUAGCAUAUACCUUUUCGAUUCCCGAGGAUUUGAACCGUUGGCUUCUAUUGAUGGAAAUUUGGAUACUUGCUUUAGACUCUGAUGCAAAUUUUAACAGUUCCUUGAUUAUGAAAGAAUAUUUGGGCGAAGAUUAUUGUGAAUUGGGUGAUGCGGUAGAAAUCAUUUUGACUGGCUUCCUCCCAAAGCGGCGACCAUAUGCGUCUCCGUUCUCAGACGAUGAUGAAGUUGUUCAUAAAAAGGCCUUUGGGAAGGCACAUCUAUCAAAUGAAACUGUUCAAAAGCUAGAGAAUUACGCGGCCCAUCUUCUUCAUUUGGUUUGGCUUUCACUUCCUAAAGGCCUUUCUGUCGUUGUACAAUUGACAAAGUCCCAUCAUUUUCUGAGCCUAGUCGAUUCUCAUUUUGAAUCUUUUCCUCCACAAAAGCAACAGAGAGCUUUUCAGUCACUUGGAAACUCUUCUCUUUGCUAUUCUUUGAGUCAAUAUUGUAUAAUGAAAGGUGCAGGGAUAUCUCUGAAUAUUCGUCAUGUAUUGGAUAGUUCGACUCAACAUCUUAAUUCAUUUGCAAGAGGUUUUAUUCCGAGAAAGAAGAAUCGUCAGAUUCUUCAUUUAAUAAGCUGGACAUUUUUCUUUUGUUCGCUGUUAUCUGCGGAUUCUACUAGUUUACAAAAAACCAAAAAUACUCUUUUAUUAGACAAAAUGAAACAGCUUUACUUGGCAUACGAGGGACUUAAUAUGGAAAAAUUCAAUAAUGUCGUGAAGCCUUUGACUACUUUAAUUUAUAUAUUGGAGCACUCAGAUAGUGCAGCAAUACAACAUGGAUGA